AUGACAUCACGCAUUGAGUCAAAAGGCAGUUCAGUACCUCAAGCACGCGUAAAAAUCAUUAGUAGUAAGCGUGAUUACUUCAACAUUGAUAAAAUGCAGCACAGUUAUGGUUCGGGAUCUCUGUUCGUUGACAACGACGCCUCCGAUGAAGACCUAGACAGCGAUAAGGAGAACCCUAUCUAUAACAACAACGCGGCGGGGAUGGAAACCGAUAAUGCAUACAAUAGUGAGGAUGAGGAGUUGCCUGUGUCUGUGUCAAAGAGUGUGAUGAGAUUGACGUCAUCGUCAUCUAACAAUAACGAAUCCGUUCAUAGACUUUUGCCCGUCAACGUUGGCAUUGAAGACGACGAAUCCAUCCGGGCGUCGUUUAUUAAUUCUAUAAAGAUAGAAAGUAGCGGUGCUACAUAUAAAUCGAAAGUAGCCGAUGGUAAUCAUGAGAAUAUUGAUUUUGUGGAUAUGGCAAUAUCUCGAGAUGCAUGCACGGACCUAGCUGAUGCAGAUUCCACCCAGGUGGACGCAUACAAACAGAAACAACAAAGAAAAUUAAAAUAUACCCCUAAAACUAUCAAAAACAUUGCUAAAGAAAAGAAUCAGUCUAAGUUAAAACCAUCAGUGAGCUUUGGUUGGUUUGAUGUGCUUAUUGGUAUUGUAGCCGUGACUUUAUUUUUUGUAGACAUUGGCACUGAUAUAGAACUGGCAGUUCAUUAUUUUAGGAACAGACUUUGGGUGUAUGGUGGUGUGACAACUGGGUUCAUCGUGGGACCAUCUCUUGUCACUUGCUUUCUUGGAUUGCACUGGUAUCUUCUUGAUUACAACAAGGAAAAGGAAGUGUUAGAGAGGCUGGAGAAGUUGGGGAAGAAGUCUAAAGCUUACAAGACACCAGGCUACGUUUGGUUUUUGAGGUUCUUCUUCACAUUACUGCAGUGUGGCCCAGUAAUCAGGGUUAUUGAGUACUUAUUCUGUGGUUACAAAAGUCGAAGUAAGGAUUUGGAUAUCAGAGAACGCAAGCGGUACUACAGAUUGAUGCUAUAUGAAGAUGUAGACAGUUGCUUACUUCGGCUCUUUGAAAGCUUUCUAGAGGCAGCCCCUCAACUGACCUGGCAGCUGUAUAUUGUGAUUGACCUGAAACCGAAAGAAGAUGUUGUUGGAACAUCAAUAAGAGCUCUAGCUUUGUUGUCCUCAUGGGGAAGCCUGGCAAUAUCACUGACUUCCUACCACAAGUCCUUGCGGAACUCUCAUGAAGAAAAGGCAAAAAUGUCCUUGAAGAGCCUCCCUUUUUAUUUCAUCUGGAGAGCAUGUGAGACGGGCGGUCGAAUUUUGUGCAUAUCCAUGUUUGCUUCUGCUUUCAGACUGUGGGUGUUUGGACCUAUAGCUUUCCAUUGGGCCUUCAUGUCUGGCUGGCUAAUUAUCCAGCGAACUGCGUUCUAUAAAAAUAAAUGCUUGGAGAAAGUGUUUAAUGUCAUUUGUGGCUAUGUCAUGAUAUUCUGUUUUUUGAAUGUCAGAGAGGGCCAGACCCGGUUUCGUUUUAUGCUGUUUUAUAUUAUACUUUACAUAGAAAAUUUUAUGAUGUUAGGUCUGUGGUUCCGUUACACACAGGAUCUGGGCGCAUGGUUCCAUCUUUGGGGUUUUAUAGUCAUACUGCUACUGUUUGUUUUUCAUGUGGUUUUCCAGCUUCUCUAUUACAUGUUUUUUCACCCGACAAGGAAUAUAAAAAUGUGUCCCCCUUGCAGUAAGUCAAUUAUAUGUAGCUCUAUAUGUUACGAAGUACAGCCGAGUGUAGCUGAAUCUGAUAGCAAGAGUGAGAGAUUAGCUAUUGAGGAAAUAGUUGUAGUGAGCAAAGUGCGCCAGACCGAAGGAAAUGAUUGA